UUGUGUGACCACCUUCAUAUUUAGCGCUCGCGCAUGUCUGAUGCUGCCGAACAAGUAAGAUCGGUUGUUGCACCUUCGUCCCUAUUCGCUUAGCCCCUCCUAAAUGAUUACCAACAUAACACAACAAAAUGGCUCAUUUGACUUUUGCCGUUUGGCGAGGAAACAUCAAAUGUUGGGUUGCUGAUGAAAGUCAGGGCCUCAACCGUUUUUAAUUUCCAUCAAAGUCGUAACGCAACAAUCCGGCUAAAAUGGACUACGUCCUAAUUAAGGACAUGCGUCCUGGUUUAAAAAAUAUAAACGCAGUGUUCAUUGUGUUGGAGGUCAGCCACCCCACCCUGACCAAGGAAAACCGCGAAGUUCGAACGUUCAAAGUGGCGGACCCGAGUGCCUGUAUAAAUGCCAGUGUUUGGGACGAGGCGGGACAAUUGCUGAUUCCAGGUGACAUUGUUCGACUGACGAAAGGAUAUGUGUCGAUGUGGAGGAACUGUCUCACUUUGUACACGUCCAAAGGAGGAGACCUUCAGAAAAUUGGUGAAUUCUGUCUUGUUUUCAAUGAACAGUUGAAUAUGAGUGAGCCAAAUCAAGUGUUACCGCAAAUGCCCUCGGUAUGUGGACCUCCAAACAACUUGCCUAUUAAUAACGGAACAAAUAAUGGGGCGGGAAGAGUGGGUCCACCCGCACCUCCCCCCAUAGUCACAACAUCAGCCCCCAUGCACAAUAACACAGCUGGACCGGCCAAACCUACUCCUAGUAAUACUAAUCGAAUGGCAGGCAAUGGGCCUCCUGCACCCACGGAUAAUCAGAAGAGGUCUAGAGGGAACAGGGGUGGACCACAUAGGAAUAGGCAUAAUCGUACAUAAGUUAGAAUUUUUAAAAUUGUAAUUAAUAAGAUUUUUAUUACCUGAUUGCAAAAUUAGUUAUUAAGAUAUGGAACACUUCCUGCUGUUAUGGAGAGAAAUUAUAAUUACAAGAAGAUAAGUAUCAUUAUUAAAAAACAAUCUUAAUUUAGCUUCGCCGUUCUUCCAAUAUUAAAGUUUAAUUAAAUUCUAUUAAUAGCCAACUUGAGAAAGCGCAUUUUAAAAUCAAUUUAUUAAUAUUUUUGAAAGUUCCUUAAUAAUGGAACAUAUAUAUUUGAGUACAUACAACAUUUUAGGUGUUUGAAUAAUGGAUUUUAGAGAAAAAAAACUAUUUUUGUUAAGAUUGUGUGGUUUUAUGUGCCUUCUCAACAAUUAUUUGUACCUUUAAUAUUUCUAAUCUCAGGAAUAUGUAAAUUUCUUAGUAUUUCUGUGAUGUUUAAUGUGGUGUCAUCUGCUAACAUUAUGUCAUAAUAAGUGUGAUGUUAAUAACAGUUGAUAAUAAAAACUUAAUGAAGAAUAUUACAAAAUAAAAUAAUGUUUGUAUAUACAUUCUAGAAUAAAUCAUUCUCUGGAUGCAUCUACAAAAUAUAACAUCUUUAUUAGGAGUUCAUAUACUUUUUUAAUUGUAAAAAAACAAUAUG